AUGGCCACGUUCAGGGUACACGAAGACCAGGAAAAUCGCAUUGCCGCCGAUCUGCGAGCUCGCGGCAAGAAUAGUCAAUGCGUGGUCAUGGUCAAUAACACCAUGGCACAAACCCAAGCACCAUAUCAGAACAAACGUGCCGUCCUGGGCGUCCUGCACAAUAAUUGUGUAGGAAAUAUAUCUAAACCGCAGGAGGUUUGUAAGGAUGACAAGUGUGCCAAGAUGAAAUCAGUCAUAUCAACGCAGUAUGAAAUUUUUAAAAUUUAUGAAGACAAAAAAGAAGAGCCAGUUUUUAAGAUUUAUGAGGACAAAUUGGAAGAAGAAACUUCCGUUGUACUUAGGGAUUCAAAGGAAAAGAAAGAAAUGAAAACCAAGCAAGAAAUAGGGAUAAAAAUAGAUAGAGAAGUAACAACUGUGGAAGAGAACGUCAGUGUUCCAUGUAAUCGGGCAGCGUUUCAUGAUAUCAUGGAUAUCAAUCAAAAGAAGAAACAAGAUGACAAACUUUAUUUAUCACAGAGUCCUAUGUCAUUGGAGAAAUUUACAUGCAGUAUUUCUCCCAAAAUGGAACAACAUUUAAGUCGAAGAGAUUCUAGAGGAAGUGAUAUCAUCGACACAGAAGAAUAUAGACCUGAUAUAUACAAUUACUUACGUGAAAUAGAGAGUAUACAUAGACCCAAGCCUGGUUACAUGAGAAAACAACCCGAUAUUACGUACGCAAUGAGAUCUAUUCUAGUAGAAUGGCUUGUGGAAGUGGUGGAAGAAUAUCGGUUACAAAAUGAAACAUUGUACUUGGCUGUUUCAUACAUAGAUCGUUUCCUAUCAUAUAUGAGUGUCGUGAGAGCAAAGUUACAACUUGUUGGAGCUGCUGCAAUGUUUAUCGCAGCGAAAUACGAGGAAAUUUAUGCUCCUGAUGUAGGAGAAUUUGUAUAUAUAACGGAUGAUACAUAUACUAAGAAACAAGUGUUGCGUAUGGAAAAUCUGAUACUAAGAGUGUUGGCUUUCGACGUGAGUGUGCCGACACCUCUUAGGUUCCUCAUGGAUUACUGUAUCAGUAACAACUUACCAGACAAAAUUAAGUUUUUGGCAAUGUAUUUAUGCGAACUAUCACUGCUUGAGGCGGACCCAUACCUACAAUACUUACCUAGCCACUUGGCGGCUUCUGCACUGGCGCUUGCACGGCAUACGUUGCAAGAAGAAGUCUGGCCACAUGAACUAGAGCUAUCGACCGGAUACGACCUGAAAACCCUUGGAGAAUGUAUCAACAACUUGAACAGAACAUUUUGUAACGCUCCUAACAUACAACAACAAGCGAUACAGGAGAAAUAUAGAAAUGACAAGUACGGGCAUGUAUCUCUGCUGUUGCCUCGUAGUACCGAGGUGGUAUCAUGCGAGGAUGCAAGCGAAGAGGACGAGGAAGAGAAUCCUUAGUAAAAUCCGUCAAACAGGAUGCAGGAUUGAAACACCAAACAAUUACAAAGUAUUUAAUUGGCAAUCAACAAACUUACCGUGAAGGUCAUGAAAAGUCAUGAAAAGGGGGGAGUCGAGCAAGACUGACCGAUUUAACUAAAACGAACUGAGGGCAUAUAUGAAUUGUUUCCAUUAGUCUCUCUCUAAACUAGCUGGUAUGCCAUACAAGAGUGAAUGUACGAGCUCUGAAUUUAAAUAUCCCAUAUUCUUCUCUUCCCCCUCCCGUCCCCCUAUGCUAUACUAUCUUACUUUUUUGGUCACACACGCAUAUCUUAUGCGAUGCCAAAUUCUAACAAUCUUCUAAAAUUCCGUUAUAUCAACGAGUUUAUCAUUUGGGUGACAUUAUCAUGAAAUUGCAUUUAUAUAUAUAUUUUUUUUAAGGUAUAAGAAAGAAGGAUAAGGAUACUGACUAAAACGCCAGAAUAACUCAAGUGGCUAAUUUUAUUUUUCAUUAAAUUUUAUUCAUUCAUAAAUAAGAAUUUCAGGCAAAGCCAAAAAAAUUCUAUUUAUUAUAAUAUUAUUGUUUUACGGUUGGAUAUAGGCCACCAACCAUAAACAUUUUAUUCAAGAUGUUACCCCAUAAAAUUUUGUCGUUUCGACCAUUUCUCUUCAAUCUUUGUACAGUUAUUUAUUUACGACAUUCUCGAUACCAUGUUUAGCAUAAAAUAUUUAGUUUGCUUUAUUGGAGAUAUUAUGUUCCUAUAUAUCCCCUGUACUGCAUUGUACAAGAACAUUUAUAGACUACACAUUGUGCCGUCAUAGUUUCCUCAAGGUGCAAAAUUGUUCAACGACGGUCAUAUUCUAUGAGACAUAUCUACCAUUCCACACCCAUUCAUGAUGCAUGAAUAUAAUUUUACAUUUACGGUAAUUAAUAAUACAUCUGCGACUAUGGUCGUAUCUGCACAGUAUGAUUGUUCGUAUUUUUAAUAUGCAACGCGGAAUACUUACAUGUUCAAGUCGAUAUGCAUGAAAGAAAUAUGUUCGUACAAAUUGAAAUAUAGAUAUAUAAAAAAUAUCACGAAAUCA